AAGGCAGGAUGGGCCCCUUCCAGAGGUCUACAAGAAGGAGCUGUGGGACAGGAGCUCAUGGCCAGACCUGAUUUGUGUCCCGCUGAGUCCACUGCCACAUACUUACAAGAUGAAAAACCUCUCGCUUCUCCUCCUCUUCCUCCUCUUCCCAGUCCCGGGGUUGCUGGACUCCAGCAGGUCACUGUGUUCGAUGGAUAAAGCCAUUGACAAGAAGAUCAAGCAAAGCUUCAGCUCCCUAUGGUCAGAAGCAGUAAUCAGCGGUGGCAUCCGAUGCCGGACAGUCUCUUCCAGAGGGGACUUGGCCUCCUGCCCAGAAGGCUUAGCAGUCACCAGCUGCUCCUGUGGCUCUGCCUGUGGCUCGUGGGAUGUUCGCGAGGGAACAACGUGUCACUGCCAGUGUGCAGGCAUAGAUUGGACAGCAGCCCGUUGCUGUGCCCUGGGGGUUGGUGCCUGAGGUCUUGAGAGUUGAGCUGGUCUGCCAUGUGCUGGUGCAGAGGGAUGGGGCUGGCGAAAGGGCAGGGGGCAAGUCCAAGAUGAGGGGCUGGAAACAGAGGAUGGGGUGAUGGUGAUGUUGCUGCUGAUGGUGAUGAUAAAGGUGAAUGGUGAAGUGGACACGAGCCUCGUGUGGUUUCUUUAGUGGAGAAGGAGGUGUGCGGGAAGUGUUGUACCACAUGGAAGCUUUUUCUCUCUAUCCCCUUUUCUGUUUCUUUUUUUUCUUUUCCUUCCUCCUAUCCCACCUUUUCAGCAGGGUCUCAUGUAAUCCAGGCUAGCCUUAAACAAUACUCGCCAUCACAGAUGAGACUGGACCUUGGCAGGACGGGGGAUCCACAAUUUUCAAGUCCAUUUUUCAUCUCUCUGGAUGCAGUGUCAAAAACUGACUUAGAAUCAGAGGCAUCCAGGGCACCUACCCUGUCCCUCCCCACCCCAGGAAUCCUAGAAUAGAAAAGCCCAGGGCAGAGGAUAAUUUUUUCCUUGUAUCUUGAGCUCAGAAUAAAGCACGGCCUGCGGGUGCUAGUGAGUGUCUAUUGAAUGAGGGGCAGUCAGAUGACUCAGUGGGGAGUGUGCUUGCUGCCAAGGCUGGUGAUCUGAGAUAGAUUCCUGGAACCUACGUGGUGGAAGGAGAGCGCUGACUCCUGCAAGUUGUCCUCUCACCUCCACGUGCACUGAGGUACCUGUGCAC